AUAAUGGUCUCGGCAGGACGCCUCCUAUGGGAUGGAAUACUUGGAAUCAUUUUCAAUGUCAUGUUAACGAGCAACUACUUAAAGAUUCCGCCGAUGCUAUGAUAGAGUUAGGGUUCUUCAAAGCUGGCUAUAAAUAUUUAAAUCUUGAUGAUUGUUGGGAAGGGAUAAGAGAUGAAAAUGGAUAUAUCACUACUGAUCCGAAUACAUUUCCUGGUGGAAUUAAAGCUCUUGCGGAUUAUGCGCAUUCAAAAGGGUUAUUAUUCGGGAUUUAUAGUGAUGCUGGACGUCUAACUUGCGCUAGACGUCUUGGAUCUCUUGGUUAUGAAGAUAAGGAUGCUCAAAGAUAUGCUGAAUGGGGAAUCGAUUUUUUAAAGUAUGAUAAUUGUCAUAAUGAUGGUUCACCAGAAAGACAACGUUAUGAGAAAAUGCGAGAUGCACUCAAUGCGACUGGAAGACCAAUUUUUUAUAGUAUAUGUGAAUGGGGGAAAAGUAAACCUUUCCUUUGGGGUAGGGAAGUUGGUAAUAGCUGGAGAACGACUAAUGACAUUAGAGCAACUUGGGCAUCUAUUAUAUCAAUUUUACAAAAGCAGCAAAUGAUCACGGCGUAUGCAGGACCAGGAGGCUGGAAUGAUCCUGAUAUGCUUCAAAUUGGUAAUGGCCAUCUUACCUUAGAUGAGCAAAAAAGUCAUUUUUCUAUUUGGGCUGCUUUGAAAUCACCCUUACUACUUGGAUUUGAUAUCAGAAAUCCUCCUCCGGAUGCAAAAGAAAUAGCGUUAAAUGAGGAAAUAAUAGCUGUGAAUCAAGAUCCUCUCGGAAAGUCCGUGUCCAUUGUUUCACGCACAGUCUUUUAUGAUAUUUGGACUGGGCCACUCGUUGAUGGUUAUAUUGCAGUUUUGUUUAAUCGUGGAGAAAUUCCACGAGUAAUUACAUUAUAUUUCGCGUCUCAUUGUGGUCUUGAAGGUGAAAUUGCAGUUCGAGAUCUUUGGGAACAUGCUGAUAAAGGAAAUUUUACAACAAGUUUCGUCUCAAGAGUCCCAAGACACGGUGUAACAGUUUUAAAACUUACAGGUGGUAUUCGGGUUUUAAAACAUAAUGAGCCAGUAUUUUUACGAUAUGUUUGGAAUGAUGAUAUUGUCGACGAUCAAAUUGAUAUUUCAAUUAACGGCGAUAAAGUUUAUUAG